AUGAGUUUCCCAGUUGGAGGCUUAGGCCACGACGGGCCUGUCGGACGUGCUCUUGCCAUUUCCUCCGACGGGCAAUGGGUUGCGACCGGAUCAUCCGAUUCCACUAUCAUCCUCUGGGAUGGCCACCACGCGUGUAUCUGCCAUGAAUGGAUUGCGCAUAGUGGAGCCAUGGCUCAUCUCGCGUUCUCCCCGAAUAGCAGGCACCUGGUGUCUAUAGCCAUCGUCUGGGGUAUCCAUGGAGAGUCGCACAGCAGGCUCGGCGCUCCCAAGAAUUGCCGCAGCUUCCUUGGCACUUGCGCAUGGUCCCCCGACGGCGCCCUCAUCGCGAUUGGAUACUAUAAUUGCAUCGUACAAGUCUGGGAUGCACGCACAUUCGAGUCACUCGCGCUUCUGGACCACUUGCGUACCGAUUUCGGCCGUGCGCCGGAUUUCAUCUUCUCCCCUGACAGUCGCUGGCUUGUUAUUUGGGGUGGCGAAAUGUGUGGAAUAUGGGAUGUUCCUUCGGACACCUUCAAACGACCAGACGUCAAAGGGGGAGACCAAGCUGCUUACCCUGCAGUUGCCGGAUUAGGUGUAUUCAGCCCCGGAAGCACCCGCCUCUCUGUCGCAUAUACGGACGGCUCAGUCCACACCUGGAACGUGGAGACUGCAGAAGAAGUCGCGAUUUUGCAGCUGCCUGCCGCCGGUAGCAGCUGGGCUUCAGCCUUCUCGCCGGACGGUUGGCAUCUCCUGUUCAGGACGCCAGACAAUGCAGCAAAGGUCGUGGAUAUUCACACUGGUGCCAUUCUCGCGUCGCUACAGGGAGACGCGCAUACUACCAUGUGGCCAGUAUGCUUCUUUCCAUGCGGGAAGUACAUCGCCUCGGCAGCAGGAUUUGAAGUGAGGUUAUGGAGAACUGGCGACGGAUCGUGUCUAGGGACACUCUGGAGUCACGAUGAUGCUGUGACUUGCCUCGCAUUCUCCGCCGGUGGGACAAUGCUAUGGUCCGCAGGAAGCAAUGGAACUGUUAUCGGUCGUCGUAUACUGGACAUUUUCUCCGAGGAAUGUACCACAGAAUCGUCUUCCACCUUACACUAG